AACGGUUUCCAGAAUCAGUGACAGUUUCAUGGAGAGCCAACCUCUAGUCUCUAUAUAUGAGAUCUCCACCCCUGGGCUGCACUGCGAGAACAUCUGCCGAGCGCUGCAGUAACCGACUGUGCAGAGCCACGAACCACGGCCACCAUGAAGACAGCUGCUCUCGCUGUGCUCCUCGCCCUGGGACUCCUGCCCAGCUGUCUGGAUGCUGCUGGCCAGCCUGGUGAGGGUUUCUGCAGUGAAUACAAAAAGCCUCCGUCAGCCUGCGACAAGAGGUACGACCCUGUCUGUGGCAGUGAUAGCACCACGUACAGCAACAAAUGCACCUUUUGCAUGGCAGUCUUCAAGCAGCUCGGCAGCCUUUGCUUCGCGCACAAUGGAGAAUGCAGAUUCCUCGGCGCCCAGCGCUGACAGGAGCUGAGCCCCGUGUGCUGUUCGCUCCCCCAAGCAGAGCCCCGCACGGAGCCACCUUCCCACCCCACCUCCACGGCCUG